AUUUAUAUGUGUGUCUUUCUCUCUGCCGAAUCAAAAAUUUGAAAAUUUUGGAUCCCAUCUCAUCUCAAAGCCCUUGGGCAAGUCCGCGCUCCUUCUCUAGAACCUUUUAUUUUCCUUCUCUCUCUCUCUCUUUGUCUUUUCUCUAUCUUCAAAUUCGGACCAUCCGCGUUGGUUUUACGCACACACAUCAAUCACCUACCCUUUCUCUCUCUAAAAAAAACUCUCUCUCUCUCUCUAAAAUUCGAAUCCGGAUCCACCGCCUUCCGCCCCAAACCCUACUUUUCUCGCUCUAGAUUCUUUCUCUAUCUUUCUCUUUCUAUCUGUUUUUGGUUCUUCGUUCUUUUAUUCUUCUUCUCUGAGCUUCCAACAAUGAGGAAAGGUGCGAAGAGGAAGACCAGCCACAAGGAAGAAACUAACUCUGCGCAGGACAACAACAACCAUAAGGACUCCAAAAAAGCUAUAACUCGGGCUAAGCGUGUCAAGGCCUCCAAGCCUCAAACCGAGCCUGAGUACUUCGAGGAUAAGCGCAACUUGGAGGAUCUAUGGAAGGUCACUUUCCCUGUUGGGACAGAGUGGGAUCAAUUGGAUGGUGUCUACCAGUUCAAUUGGAAUUUCUCAAAUCUAGAGCAAGCAUUUGAAGAAGGUGGGAUACUGUAUGGCAAGAAAGUUUAUCUCUUUGGUUGCACUGAGCCUCAAUUGGUCCCCGUACAGGGUGAAAAUAAAGUUAUCUGCAUACCAGUUGUGGUGGCUGUCGUGUCUCCUUUUCCUCCUUCUGAUAAAAUUGGAAUUAACUCAGUUCAGAGAGAGUCUGAAGAAAUAAUUCCAAUGAAGCAAAUGAAAAUGGAUUGGGUUCCGUAUAUUCCCUUGGAGGAUAGAGAUAGCCAAGUUGAUAGACUAAAAUCUCAAAUAUUCAUCUUGAGCUGCACACAGAGAAGGGCUGCUUUGAAACACUUGAAGAUAGACCGCCUCAAGAAAUAUGAAUACUGCUUGCCUUAUUUCUACCAGCCCUUAAAGGAAGAUGAGUUUGAGCAGAGCACUGAGGUUCAAAUAAUAUUUCCAGCAGAACCAAAGCCGAUUUUCUGUGAAUUCGAUUGGGAAUUUGAUGAUGUUGAGGAAUUUACAGAUAAGCUGAUUCAAGAGGAGGAAUUGUCUGAAGAUCAAAAGGAAGCCUUCAAGGAGUUUGUAAAUGAGAAAAUCCGAGAAGCAAGGAAAGCCAAUCGACAGGCAAGGGAAGCCCGGAAAAAAGCCCUUGAAGAAAUGAGUGAGGACACUAAAGCUGCAUUUGAGAAUAUCAAGUUUUAUAAGUUCUACCCCGUGCCAACACCAGAUACUCCCGAUGUAUCAAGUGUUAAGGCCCCAUUCAUCAACCGAUACUAUGGAAAGGCUCAUGAGGUUCUAUGAUUUGCUCUGCAGAAAGGUUCGGUAAGGGAUAAAAUCUAGGUGUUAAGAUCGUAAGAAUUUGUUAAUUAUGAGGAAAGUUUAAGAGGCAAGCCCCUGGUGCCUCAGCUUAGCACUCGUCUGAUCAUGAGAGAUCCAACACAGAAGUAAAAUUUAUAGGUUAAGAACUUAGAUGUUACCAUAGGAGGAAUGUGUAAGAUAUGUUCGGCUCUUUUGAUUUUUGUAUUCGACUUAAAUCAAAUUUGAGGAGCAAUGGAGCAUGAAUUUUUCCAUAGCUCAAGUUUUUCUUGGUUCCAAUUUGUCUAGGGAAUUAUCUUUUUCCAAUUUUGCAA